AGCGCUGAUUUACGCAUCGCAAGUUUCACAUCGCAGGCCCUAGGCCUGGCGUUUGCCUUCUGAGUUUCACAAACGUGAUCAGCCAGGCAAUGAAGCUCUGCAAGUGCAUUGGCUACCGCAGCCGCCAGGUACAUCCGGAGGCGCCGCCAAGUGGCACUCCCCCAGGCCAGACGCUGAUGGAGGAGGCAGUGAGCUGUGCCUCUGGUGCCGAGCUGCAGGAUCCAGGCGCCCAGGCAGAUUUGCAGAUGCUACCAAGCGACACGCCGUCAGACGAGAAGGAGGGGGAGGAGGAGGAGGAAGAGGAAGAGGAGGAUGGUCGCAAUGCGCACGUGACAAGCUGGCCCCCGUUGCAUGCCGGAGUCGCUUUGCGCGCCAGCCCUCCGCAACAGGACAGCGACGCGGAGGACUGGCUCGCCAAGAGCCGCGAGGAGGUGGAGGCUUUUGGCGAAGAGGAGGUUCUGAGCUGGGCCGAAGCGGUGCUGAGAGCCAAAGGCUACAAAGGAAGCCGCGGCGACAGCAAUACCGCAAUUAGCCGCACCUUAAGCGUCUUUAAAAUCAAUUUUGUCAUCGGAGCGGCCCUGCUGGAGCUGACACUGGAGAAGAUGAUAGCAGCUCCGUACAACAUCCCUGGCGGCCCAGCGGAACUGCUGGCGAAGAAGAUCCAGCUGCUGUUGAAGGAGCCCCAGGCUGCUGUGCAAGUUUCGGGUGACAAUCUCCCACAGAGGAAGAACGAAGAGGCCCAGGCAGCUGCAGGCAAGCAGGCAGACGGGCAGGCGCCGCCAAGUGGCGACCCCCCAGGCCAGUCGCUGACGGAAGAGGAGGCAGUGAGCUGUGCCGAGUUGCAGGAUCCAGGCGCCCAGGCCGCUGCGCAAGAAGUAUCGGGUGACAAUCAACAAGACAGGAAGAAGGGAGAGGAGAGCGAGCCGCAGGACUACGACCUGCAGAACAUGUCGGGCCUGCUCGCCUUCCUGCGCGAUGCCAACAUCCGCCUGGUGCGUCCUCAAUUCCUUCGGGAGUUGCACCAGGCCGGGCGCGCCUGGCCCCGGCGCCAAGAGGCGGAGACGGCGCGGACGGCCAGCGGAGAGCCGGCACUGCUGAGCCACGACGAGUUGGAGCAGAAGGCCACGCAAGGCUGGCAGGCCUUCAGCAUCCUGUCCUUCUCGCACUGCUGGGAAGCCAAGGAGCACCCGGACCCGCUGGGCUAUCAGCUGAAGAUGCUGGUGGAGGCGCUGCAGGCCUUCCCCGCGGAGUUCACCCGACGGACCAAUGGCAACCAGCUGGACCCCGACUGGGACGCCGCGGUGUUCAUCGAUUAUGUGUCUCUGCACCAGUUCCAGAGGAGUGAGGCGGAGGAGCCGUACUUCCAGGCGGCCAUGCGGGGGAUGCACACGCUGUACUGCCAUGAUGAGACGUACACCCUCCGCCUGGAGGAUCUGACGCCCACGGAGUGGGCUCCGCCAAGAGAGGCGGUCAGCCUGUACAGCGCCAGGGACCGCUGCGUGUGCAGCGUCCCCCUGGCCAAGCUCCAUGCCCCGCCCGCCCACCAAGGUGGACAGUGCCCUGCCACCUGUGACUGGCCACUGCACCCCAACAACACCCCAUAUACCGAGCGGGGGUGGUGCGCUGCCGAACAGCAGUGGUCCCUUUCCAGGGCCAAUUCCUGGCACAGCAUGCGCCUCCCCCUGGGCACGCCGGAGAUCUGCGAGGCCCCGCUGACCCCGGAGGCCUUCGCUGACGCCGUGCGGGCGGGGGGCCUGAAGUUCACCCAUCGCGGUGACGCGGAGCCGGUGCUGCGGCUGCAGCGGCACGUCUUCGAGUCGAAAACCGCGGUGACCACCCGCCUGGACUUUGGCGACCUGGGUCCGGACGGGGUGCGGGCGGCCGCAGACUGCCUGCCCCACUGCAGGCGGCUGACAGAGCUGAAGCUCACCAGAAGCAGCGUGGGGGAUGAGGGAGCCCAGGUCUUGGCCCGUGGCCUGGAGACUUGCAGUCCCCUGGAGCUGCUGUGGCUCUUCGAGAACAGCAUCGGCGACAAUGGCUGCAAGGCGCUGGCCGCCGCCCUCGCCGGGCACCGCAAGCUCCGGGAGCUGCAGCUCGCCGCAACCGGCUUCGGGGACGCCGGGGCCGAGGCCCUGGGCGCGGCGCUGCGGCAGAUGCCGCGGCUGCAGGAAUUGCGGCUCAACCAAAACCAGAUCGGGGGCAAGGGCGCCCAGGCACUGGCCCGCGGCCUGCAAGGCACCACUGCCCUGCAGCUGCUGUCGCUUUGGGAGAACCGGAUUGGCGAUACCGGCUGCCAGGAGCUUCGGGCGGAUUUGGCCCGCAAGGGAGGCACUACGGAUGAUUGGAACUACGGUUUGAACCUGGGCCUCAUCGGCAGCGACCUCGACUGGAUCGACGCGAGGGCAAUCCAGGACCGGGCACGCUCAGCGGCGGACAACUUGAUGUCGAAGGGGGCCUACCUGGAAUACGAGUGCUACGAUGCCAGGGGCCGCAGCCAAGGGCGAGCAGUGGUUAAGAUUCGAGGUUGGGCUGACCCUGAGAAAGGCCUACUGGAGGCGGACCACUUGGCAGCGAGCGAUGGGUACUACCAGUACUAUGGCGAGAGCGAACUCUCGAAGGGCAAGGCUUUAUACCACAUUUGCGGUGGGGCCCGGCAAGGGUGCAAUGUUCAUCUCCAUCGGGGUGAUCGACGUGAGCUUGUUCACCUGGAGAGAUGGAGGAUGAUCAACCCACUCCUCAUGAAAGAGGUGGAGUACUUGAGAAGGAUUGCCGAGGUUUGCAUGCGUGAGCAUGUUGUGAACUUCGCCCCGCGGGUCCCAGAGCCAGUGCUGCCCCCCAGAGGCGGCGACAUUGAUGCCUCGGGGAUUGACAAGGCAGUGGCUGAGGCUGCAGCAGAUGAUGCUGACUAUGAAGGAGGAGAGCGAAGGACCGAGGAGGGCCGUCUCCAAGUGGUGCCCCAGCCCUCUUCCCGGGGGGAGGGCGAGCUGUGGCGGCUAAGUCAACGACACCCCGGGCGCCUGCUGAAGAGCGGGAUGAAGGAGCUCGAGCGCUACCUAGCGGAUCGAGCAGGCGAGGGCACGAGCGAGGACGGAUGGGCACAGCACAAAGUGAUGGCGUACAUCAAUCAAGUCAUCCUGGCUGUCCACCCCAUGCAGUCCAUCGGCCUGCGCAACCACAGAGAACUCGUGACUUUGGGGACCAGCUUAGAUUUGCUGAUGAAUGGGAGGCUGGCAGAGCUGGGGGACUUGCUGAUGCAAAGACUCAAAGCCCUCGAAACAAGCUUGACCGAUCAGAACUGGUCAGCAGCUCGGCAUCAGGAGCUGAUACCGCCAGUGGCAGCCUCCUUGACUACUUUGGGAGAGCGGCACAGGACGGCCCGAGCCGAGUUGCAGCAGGUGAAGCUGAAGGAAGCGCUGCAGAAGCACAAGGAGUUGAGCUGGGCCAGGGAGAAGAAGCCGGCGGAGCGCGAGAGUGCCAUGCGGAAGCCACGGCACGAGAGCGAAGAGUCCCGGAGGCCCGUUGGCCAGGGGACCGUGCGACGGGUUCAGAUAGACGACCGCCCGCGCCAGAUUAUGAACGAGAAGGGGAACUCCACAGAGCUCCUGGAUGUGAUGAGGGAGUGGCUGAGGGGCGAGAAUUGCGGGGAACUCACGACCUCUCAAUCAGGCGCCCUGCUUGUCUUGAUGAUCCACCGCAGUGGGACUAACUUGGGGAAUUACCUGGAGAAGUCCACAAAGCCGGGGUCAGUCGCAGGCGAGGGAGGCCCGAGGCAGCGGAGCCUCAUGCCUCUGCCGCUGUGGACUGACGUCCAGGAGGAGCUCAAGAAGGUUCUGGAGAGCGGUGAGUACAAGAGACUGGCGGGUAGUUGGGCUGCCAAAAAGCAGCAGAAGCAGAAGGCAGCAAAAGCCGUGAGGAGGUCCGGGCUCCUUAUAUGGCAUGGCCUCGUGGUGAUCUUGCUGAACCACCUGUGGACAGGGGGAGGUAACAGAGGACGAGUCCAUCAAGGGAGUACUACCCUUGCUCAGCAAAGGGCAUUGGAGAGACUUUGGGAGGUUGUGAAGGUUUUCUGCGAUGAUGCCUCGGAGUCAAAGGACAAGAUUCCCAAGUCUCCAUCAAUGGGAGAAUGGGGCAACCGCCUCGGAGAUGUCAAGAUCUCCUACACAGGGGAGAUUGUUGACAAAGCUCACAAGCUAACCCUGGCUCAGGUCCUGCCUGGUUUGCCCCCUGAAGGCUACGGAGCCUCUGUCCCGCUGGCCGAACUCUGCGAAGGAGAGUUGAGGGAACGCUUGGAGGACCCCCUGUCCAACCUACUGCCUGAGGAGGAGCUCCCUGAGAUCAUCCCAAAACCUCGGACUCAUGCUGACCAGGACCAAUGGGAGGCCAUUGUGAAGGUCUUGCAUGCCCGCGGCCUUGUGGAGCCGGUUGAAGACCCAGUGAAGGUCAAGGGGCUUCCGAUUGAGAACGGAGCCUUCGGAGUCGUGAAGCCUGGCAAGUAUUUGGAGGAUGAGCGACCGGUCCUGAGAUUCAUUAUGGACUUCAGAGCGACGAACAGUGUGAGCAGAGUGCUCACAGGAGAUGUGAAGAGCUUGACGGGCGCUGCGUCACUGCAGCACAUCGUGCUACCUGAAGGGAAGGUCCUGAGGAUGUCGGCUGAUGACCUCGUGGCGGCCUUUUACCUGUUUGCCCUGCCACGUGGAUGGAGCAGGCUCAUGUGCUUCGGAGGCCCUGUGGCCUGGAAGUCACUGGGCUAUGCCAGGGAAGGCCGUGUCCGGGUAGGAGCCACGGUCCUGCCCAUGGGAUGGGCGUCGGCGGUGGGAGUUCUCCAGCAUGCUCACCGCCGGCUAGCCCUUCGCAGCCCGUUGCGUGGCGGCGCUGGCUUUUUGGGACGGUGUGAAAUUAGGAGGGACAGUGUCUUCCCGAAUCUGGAGCUGGGAGAGUCGCUGUGGUCCCUGUACUUGGAUGAUACGGAUUUGAUUGAGAUCAUGGACAAACGGCUGGGAAAGGAGAUGGAAGGAAAGAAUUCCGAGGAGCAGCUGAGGCUUAGGAGGGCUUAUGAGCACUGGGGCAUCCCAAUCAGCUUGGAAAAGGCACUUGUGAGGGCGAAGCAGGCUGAAAAGCUCGGAGCGGUCAUUGACGGUGACCGAGGGCUUUUGAGGGCAGCAACAAGGCGUGCGCUAGAGAGCCUGUCCUUGGGUGCCUGGAUGCUGCGCCAGGAGGAGGUCCCACGGAAAGCCCUGCAAGUUUUCUGCGGAAAGGAGGUCCACACUAUGCAAUUCCGUCGGCCUACCUUUGGGAUCUUCGACUACAUUUGGAAGGACAUCAGCGAUGGGGGGCCGAUGGUCCGCCUGGAGGAGAAGUCUGUCGAAGAGAUCUUGAUGGCAGGGAUGUCCCAGCCUUUGCGUUUUACCGACCUGAGGGCAAAGCUACAUGAAGUGGUGACCGCUUCGGACGCGUGCGAGACCGGAGGUGGGAUGGUCUACGGUGGAAAGUUGAGCGCGCAAGGCAUCAAGGAGUCUUUGUGCUUGGAAGGCAAACGGGACUACUAUCCGAUCGAAGCGGUGGAGCCCACGGACAAGCAAACCAUUUUGGUCUUUGACUGCUUUGCUGGAAUCGGAGGCUUAUCGCAGGCUUUGAAGCUUGCUGGUGUCGAGGUAAAUCGGCUGGUGGUCAUCGAGAUGGACAGCUCCUGCAGGAGGCUGAACCUCACAAGGUGGCCAGGAUGCGAGGUCAUGCUGGACAUCCAGAAGAUCAAGAAGAGUGACCUUGAAAAGGUCAUGCGGAGUGUGCCUGGGUUGACGGGAGUCAUUACCGGAGGUGGCUCCCCAUGUCAGGGGCUUUCAAGGCUUUCCUCAAACAGGCAACAUCUUGAUGAUCCUCGGAGUGCUUUGUUCUACAAGUUCGGGGAGGUGCUCCGCUGGGUGAGUGAGCUAGCGGCUGCCAUGAAGAUAUGGGAUGUUCAGUUCGUCGAGAAUGUUGUCGGGGAUGACGAAGACAUCUCCGAGGUGAGCGGUGAACUGAACCGCAGGCCAAUCUACUGCUGCGCCAGUGGACUUUCUAGGGUCAGGCGGCCCAGACUGUACUGGUGCAACGUGGAAAUGGGGGACCAUGAGAGCUUUGGGCGCGGGCACACAGCCUUGUACGACAUCAUUGAGUUCAACGAGAAGCGUGAGCCACUUGAGGAUGUGAUCGAUGCUGGAUGGGAGUGGCCCGCCGGCAAGGCUGACCCCAGCCUUUGCUUGCCCACUUUCACGAGGGCUAUCCCAAGGACAAAGCCUCCGGCAGAGCCCGCGGGGUUGAGGCUAUGUGACCAGGAAACAGUUGGGAGGUGGAAGGAUGACUUGAUGAAGUAUCCUCCUUACACCUACCAGCAGCAAUAUCUCAUGGAGUGCAAGGGUGAAGCUGAUAAGAAGCGGGUUGCCUCCGUCACGGAGCGUGAGCGUUUGAUGGGCUAUCCUGCUGGCUACACCCUUGCGUUGCACAAAAAGGACCCUACAAACACAGAGGAGGAGUUCAGGCAGCAGGUGGCGCGUGAGGCGGCCAUUGGCAACUCCUUCCAUGCUGUGAAGGUGGCGUGUCUUUUGGACCUCUGGCUUUGGACCGCUGGAGUGCGGACUGACCCCAAGGGCGCUUCAAAGAUUGUAGAGGAAUGGCACCAGAUGAUGCGCACUACGAGGUACAACGACGAGGGCCUGAUGGAAGGAACGGAGGUGACCCAUGCAACGUCUCUGAGUGAGAAGGAGGAAGAAGACAGGCUGCUUCAAAUAGAAAAGCCGCCAGGGCUGAUGGAGUGGCUGAGGAUGAGCAGCAGGGAUGGUGAGCGUCUUCCAGACCCGAAGCUCCUGGCAGCCCGGCUGGUUCACCAGUACCUUCGCCGGGCCGAGUUUAGAGGAUCUGACGUGAGGCUAGAUCUUCAAGUAGUCUACAGACCAGAUGCGGUUGCCCGAACAACCGUGGACCCACGGAGGUGGGUCUGGAAGGUGGCUCACUCCUACAAGUGGGAUCGCCGUGAACACAUCAACGUGCUGGAAUUGCGGGCUAUUCUUCAUUCGCUGGAAUGGCGAGCCAGAUCUGCAACGUUCCACUCCUGCCGCUUUUUGCAUUUGAGCGACUCCCAGAUCUGCUUAGCAGUCCUUGCAAAGGGGAGGAGCUCAAGCCGCAAGUUGAAUCGCAUUUUGCGAAAGAUUGCCGCCCUCUGCAUCGCCUUGAACCUCUACCCUCUUUGGGCUUGGAUCGCAUCCAAGCUCAACCCAGCGGAUGAGCCGUCCAGACGCUAUGAGCCGAAGGACAAUUAA